UGAUGUGAUAUUUUGUUUGGAUUUUUUUUUUUUUGGUUUUGUAAAAUGUUUGUCUUGUAAUGAAAAAAAUCAAAAAAAAACCUAAAAACUAAGUUGCCAAACACCGCCUAUGACUAUUGUAUUAUCAUUAGGUAACCUUGUUAAGGACACAUAUUUAUACAAAUGUAAAAUUUAAUCUUUUUAAGAAAGUAAGAUAAUUUUAUAAAAGAGCAGAAAAUAUACAUCAAUACAAUUGGCAUCACUGAAAAAAACAAAUAGCAACUAACAAAUCCAAAACAACAGAAGACACAUCACCCAGAGGCAGGCACAGAAUCCACAACAUGCAAAUCCACUGUAGUUAUCCUCACCAUCCAUUAUUAGAUUAUCCAAAGAGUCAGAGACAAACACCAUAAAAUGCUCCCACAAUUACAAAGAUUAUCUACAAAGAUCAAUAAAAAAUUAUCUACAAAGAUUAAAUUCGGCAUUCGCCAUUCAUAUUGCAACCAUUUAUUGAACUGACUACUUACAUCUCUAAGAAGGCAUAGCACAAAUCUAACAGUCAUUACAAUCUGUUCUGAGAUAGUCUUACCAUCUCUGUAAUCGUUUUGAUACAUUCUUGCAUUCAUUUCCUUCCACAGAGCAUACACAAUAGCAACAAGUAGGCAACGACAUGAGAUUUGAUGUGUGCAAAUGUAGAGGGCAAGACAGUGAAGGCCCAAAUAUGGGACACGGCAGGUCAAGAGAGGUAUCAAGCCAUCACAAGUGCAUACUAUAGAGGUGCAGUGGGAGCCCUCCUGGUCUAUGACAUAACCAAGAGGCAGACCUUCGAAAAUGUCCAGAGGUGGCUCCGCGAACUGAGGGACCAUGCUGAUUCCAACAUCGUCAUCAUGAUGGCUGGAAACAAGUCUGACCUGAACCACCUCCGAGCAGUCUCAGACCAAGACGCCCAGCACCUGGCCGAGAAGGAAGGCCUUUCGUUCCUGGAGACCUCAGCCCUGGAGGCACUCAACAUUGAGAAGGCGUUCCAAACAAUCUUAUUGGACAUUUAUCAGAUAAUCAGCAAGAAGGCACUGGCAGCUCAGGAGGCAGCCACUGGGCUUCCGGGUCAGGGCACAACCAUUAAUGUCGGAGACUAUACGAGUAAUUUGAGCAGGAGAACUUCUUGUCUAAUUAACAAGAUUAAGUCUACAAACACACAAACUGGUCACAAAACUGGACAUAAUGGUCGGCUUCUGUUUAAUAGCAGGGAGGGGACAUAUGAGAUUAAGUUUUUGUUCAAUCAUGACAGCUUAUAUGAGACAAUGUGACUUGAAUUUUUCUCUAGAGGUCAUGUUAGACGACAUCUAGUUCAUGAACACCAUUGUUGAGUUGCACGCAUGACAAUGCUAGCUAUCCCCCUCCUUGGAACUUCCAAAAAAAAAGGAUGGGCUGCAAAGUUGGUGUCCCGUCACAGACAAAGGGAUAGACAACUGCUCAGUUCUUAUUAGCAUGCAAUCUUUUGUUUGUUUGUUUUUUUUC